AUGUUAGGUAAAAUACUGGAUAUUAAUCCAGAUGAUUCAUUAAUACUAAGUUAUCAUGGAGAAAUUCUUAAUUAUUUAGGAAGAUAUGAUGAUUCCAUAUCGCAAUUUGCAAAAGCAUAUAAUAUUGAUCCUGAGAAUACCCAUAUCUUAAUUAAAAAGGUUAUCACUCAUUAUGGACUUCAAGAAUAUGAUGAAGCGCUAUUAGAUCUUAAUAAAUUGAUGCAAUUAGAUCCUUCAUAUAGAAAUAAUGAAAAAACUAAAAUUGAAGUUGAAAAAUGCGUAUUAUUAUUCGAUUAUGAUGAUAAUUUGACAACAUUCUUGUCAAAAUAUUUUGGAAAAAGAAUCUAUUAUCUUUCUAAUCUUGUAAAUUUGAAUAGAGAAUUUCAUCGGUUUCAAGAAAUGGAUUCAAACAGUUUGUCUGGCCAAGUGUUAUCUUUUGAAGAUGAAGUAAUUCCUAUUGUUUUGCCCAAAUUUGGUGUUUUUACCCUUGAAAAUUAUUAUUAUUGUUUGAAACUAAAAAUUAAAUAG